AUGGCUGGUGUGUCUGGCGCAGAUGGCCGCGGACGGGUCCGGGUCCGGAUCCAGGUCGGGAGCGUCCAACUCAAGCUCAAGCUCGAGUUCAAGCUCGAGCUCAAGCUCAAGCUCAAGCUCAAGCUCAAGCUCGGGGCCAAGGUCGGAUUAGAUCGCUCCGGGUCAGGGUCGGCAGCCGGAGACACCGACGACGACAAUGACUUUUUCGCGACGGCGCUUCAGGGAUGGGGCGGUGAAGGUACGCCGCCGAUGUCGGGCUCGCUUGGGCUCGGGUCAUAUGGGAAGGUGGCGUCCGAGGACGUGGUUGUACUUGAUACGGCUGGCCGGAGUGGUGGCGGCAGUGGUGGCAGUGGCAUUGGUGUUGAUGGUGACGGCGGUGGCGGCGACGACGACGAUGACGACAACCUGUUUUUUGCGGCAGCACUGCAGGGGUGGGGCGGCAACGGGACGCCGCCGAUGUCGGGCUCGCUUGGACUUGGGUCGCAGAUCCUAGCCGACGACUUGGUGAUCAUGGGGAACGCCAGUCCGGUGGAGGGCGAGUAUGUGUACGCGUACUCGUACGACGAGAGUGGAAGUGGAAGCGACGGAGUGGACUCUGCCGACGGGGCGCGGUCCGACUCUGUCUCUGACUCGUCGUUCUCGACGAUCGACGACAACGCGCCGAUUGCGUUCCGGACACACGAGGAGACGUUGGAAGCGUUCCGUCGGCACUCGCUGUGGUCCGAGCAACGUGGAACGCUCCCGCUGCUUGUCCUUCACACCGACGGUGAUGAGGAGGAGGGUGACGAGCGCGAGGUCGGGGCGACGCCGCAGCGAAAGACGCCGUGUGAGUCGGAGCUUAUGCUCUCGCCGAGUCCUGCGCUCGCUGACGGAGUGGCACACACGCCGCGGAUGAUGCGGUCGAUGGACGAGGACGGGUUUAACUGGGUCAACCAGUACAUUCUCCUGCACACGCUCGGCAAAGGGUCGUACGGCAAGGUCCGGCUGGGCAUCAACUCGGAGACGGGUGAGCAGGUGGCGAUCAAGGUGUUUAACAAGGACAUGCUCGCGCGCAAGCGCAAGGCCGGCUUUCUCUCGCCGUCGAUGCUCGAGGACGCGUACAACGAGAUUGCAAUCAUGAAACAGCUGGCGCACCCCAACGUGGUCAAGAUCUACGAGGUUAUCGACGACCCGGAGGUGCACAAGAUGUUUGUGGUAAUGGAACACAUGGACCGGCCGCUGAUGAAGUCUGUACUGGAGCAGGAGCCGCUGGACCUGCACCUCGCGCGCAAGUACUUUCGCGAUGUGGUGUGCGGGCUCUCGUACCUCCACCGGUCGGGCAUUGUUCACCGCGACAUCAAGCCCGAGAACCUGCUGUUGGCCGAGGUGCUAAUGCCUGUGGGUGACGGCGGGGACGGAAGCGACUCGGAGUCUGCAGACGACGGUAAGUGCGACGCGGCACUUGAGCGGCAUGCGUCAGGAGGCCUGUCUGUCGACGACGCGGCGCCCGAGAGUGGGGUGGGCGCAGGAUCAAGUGGUGGUGGCAGAUCGAGUCGGGCAUCGUCGGCGGCGGCGGCGAGUCCUGUGGUGAUGCGGAUGACCGAGGUGGUCAAGAUUUCGGACUUUUCUGUCUCUGUCAUGUUUGAGGGCGACGACGACCUUCUGGAGCGGACCGAGGGCUCGCCGGCGUUUCUUGCGCCGGAAAUUAUCUCUGGUGGCAAGUACUCUGGGCGGGCCAUCGAUGUAUGGGCGCUGGGGGUGACUCUGUACGUGUUUAUCUUUGGGCGGCCGCCUUUUCUGGCGGCGUCGGAGUUUGCGAUCUACGAGGAGAUCCGUGAGGCGCCGCUGGCGUAUCCGCACCCGAUCGAUCCGCUGCUGGACGAUCUGCUCCAGGGCCUGCUAUACAAGGAUCCGAGCCAGCGGAUGACGCUCGAGAUGGUGAAGCGGCACGCGUGGGUGACCAUGUCGGGCGCAUGGCCGCUGAAGGACCCGCUCGCCUCGGUUGCGUCGGAGCUCCUCACGACGCACGCCAACAUCCACAAAAAGGCGUACUCGCCGCUCGCCGGCAAAGCGCUCCUCGAGUACGAGUCGGACUCGAUCGACGACGGCGGGAGUGAGGGCGAGAGUGGGGCGGGCGAAGGCGAGGACGGGGCCGACGCCGACGCACCGCGCGGACCGUUGUUUCCGGCCUCACCGUCGGCAGGCGCAGCGGCGAGCAACUGUCUUGGCCUGGCGUAG